AUGAAAUAUCGCAUACUUCCACGAGUUCUGUGUGAUAUAUCUCAAUUAGAAUCAACAACACUUCUUGGUGAAAAGAUCACCUUUCCACUGGGUGCACUCCCCUCUCAACUCUUUCAGAGGGCUACAAACUGUGGAUAUAAAGCUCUUGUGGUUACCUGUGAUCAUCCUGAAAUGGGUAUAAAAUAUUAUCGAGCCAAAAGUAAUCUUCACAAACAACAUUUAAAAACGCUUAAAAUUAGUUAAGUUUUCUCAGAUGAAGUUAAUGACAUCCUUUCAGGACAAAAGCCCCACUAUUUAGGCAAAGAAGUUAUAAGACAUCAUGGUAACAUUAUCCUUGAUCCAAAACAGAGUUGGGAAUGGGUGGACUGGUUACGUAGUAUUACUUCAUUACCCAUUGUUCUGAAAGGAAUUAUGACAGUUGAAGAUGCUAGAGAGGCACUCAAACAUGAUAUACAAGCUAUACAAGUCUCCAAUCAUGGAGGAAGGCAUUUUGAUGGUGCACCAGCAACAGUAAGAUACUCACUCAUAGCUCCUGAUAUAGUAAGAGAGGUUAAUGGUAAAGUAGAGGUCUAUAUUGAUGGUGGUAUACGUCAUGGUACUGAUAUAUUUAAAGCACUGGCACUUGGAGCUAGAGCUGUCUUCGUAGGCAGACCAUUAUUAUGGGGAUUAGCUUGUAAUGGUGAAGAUGGAGUGUCUCAUGUUCUUCAUUUGUUAAAAGAAGAGUUUCGUUCAGCAAUGGUGUUCACUGGUUGUACUAAUGUAACUGAUAUCACUUCAGAUUUUAUAAGACAUACUAGUUACUAUUAUAUUCGUCAUGUCAACAUAACUAUCAAAUAG